AUGGAUCCCAACAACAAUAACAACAACCGCCAAAACAUGAAUUACGGGUACAACGACCGCAAUUACAAUGCGGCUAAUAACCGCGCCUAUCCCACUACCCCAUCCGCUUUCCCUCAACCCAUCUAUCAGACUCAGGGGGCUCAGGAAUACGUUGACCCCUCAAACCCGGCCUACGCUCCUGGCUACUUUAUGCCCAACCCUUACCCACCUCAACAACAGUAUGGCCAACAACUCCACACCGCGCAACAGGUGCAGCAGCAGCAUCAACAAGCUCUGCAGUCCCCGCAGCCCGCCUAUCAGAACCGUGUGGGCUACAACAACGACGGUACCAAUGGUCUGAUCCAGCAAUUUUCCAACCAGGAUCUGAACGCCAACCGUGGGGGAUUCUUCGGUCGGGCAAACUCGCCUGGUCAGCGACCUCGUACCGCUGGUGGCUCUCCGGCCCAAGGUCAGGCUCAGGCUGCCCACCUAGUCCCUCCUAUGCCUCGCAGCCCUCGCCCACCGGCAGAGAAUGAGGAGCUUCAACGAUUUUCCGACCGAUACUCUGAGAAUGUUCACAAGCGGGGUAAGGCAGCAAAGGAAUUGGUAACGGUUUUCUUCCACGAGAACAUUGAGCGUGCCCGUGAUCGCAACAUGCGAUCGGUGGACCUCGACAAGACUCUUCGGGACCCAAACGUUGUUGUCGACAAGAAGCGCGGAGACGCUGAAGUGAUUUCGAAGAGAGAGUCAGACUUCCUUCGAUUCCUCCGAACUAAGGAGACCCCUCAAAACUUCCAAACAAUCAAGAUCAUCGGGAAGGGUGCUUUUGGUGAAGUGAAACUGGUUCAGCGCAAGACCGAUGGCAAGAUCUACGCCCUCAAAUCUUUGAUUAAGACGGAAAUGUUCAAGAAGGAUCAACUUGCGCACGUCCGUGCCGAGCGUGAUAUUUUGGCCGAUUCAAAGGAUAACCCUUGGCUAGUGAAGCUGCAUGCCUCGUUCCAGGAUUCAGCUUAUCUCUAUCUGCUUAUGGAGUUCUUGCCUGGUGGUGAUCUGAUGACCAUGCUGAUCAAGUACGAAAUUUUCUCUGAGGAUAUCACUCGCUUCUACAUGGCCGAAGUCGUUAUGGCGAUUGAAGCUGUUCACAAGCUUGGUUUCCUUCAUCGUGAUAUCAAACCGGACAACAUUCUUCUCGAUCGCGGUGGUCACGUCAAGCUUACCGACUUCGGUCUUUCGACAGGAGGCAAGAAGACACACGACAACGCCUAUUACCAGAACCUUCUCAAGAACUCCACAUCAAAAGACCGCAACCGCAACUCCGGUUACUUCAAUGAUGCUAUCAACUUGACCGUUUCCAACCGUGGACAGAUUAACACUUGGCGAAAGUCUCGCCGUGCUAUGGCGUACUCAACUGUUGGAACUCCCGACUACAUCGCUCCUGAGAUUUUCAAUGGCCAAGGAUAUACCUACCUGUGCGAUUGGUGGUCUGUCGGUGCUAUCAUGUUCGAGUGUCUUGUUGGCUGGCCUCCAUUCUGUGCCGAGGACACCACGGACACCUACCGUAAGAUUGUCAACUGGCGUGAAUGUCUCUACUUCCCAGAUGAACUGGUUCUCUCGCGUGAGUCUGAGUCAUUGAUUCGGAGCUUCUUGUGUGAUCCCGAACACCGCGUCGGAAGCGACGGUGGCCAACACGGUGGUGCCACCCAGAUCAAGAACCAUCCAUUCUUCCGUGGUGUAGUUUGGGAGCAGCUGCGCAACAUCCGCGCGCCAUUCGAGCCACGUCUCAGCUCCAAUAUUGAUGUAUCUUACUUCCCCAUCGACGAGAUUCCUCAGGAAGAUACCAGCGCUAUCCAUCGUGCUCAGGCCCGUGCCAUGCCGGACUCCCAGGAAGCCGAGAUGAGCCUUCCCUUUAUCGGAUACACUUACAAAGCUUUCAACGCUUUCCAGGGAAGUUAG